UUUCUUACAAUGGAUGUAGGCAUUAACAAUAGAAAGUGCUAAUACAUGAUAAAUAAACAUUAGUUGCCUGUUUAUUCUAGGAUCUGUUCAUUCCGCCAAAUAUUCAAAUAAUCUAUUGUUUUGCAAUCCUUGUUUCCACAACACUUAUAACGACAUUAUGACCGUGAAGAUACAAAAUACAAAUCCUGAAAAACUUGGUAUUUCGUGAAUUGAGCGAAGAAUCGGUGUGACCGCGAAGUUUCGUGGGCCAGGUGUGUUGCACAAGUAGCCGCAUUGUUUACGUGGCAUUGUCCAGUCGUCCCAUCGGCCGGCUUGUACGUGCGUACUUGAAUAUAUUUAAAUUUGGAGAUGCCACCAGGAUGAGGCAAGCGCACCAGCAACUACUAUAAAUGCCGUUAGUAUCAACCUGAGGGUACAGUUCACAGCUCCAAGCACCCCUGAACACAUCUCACCACAAACACCAGCCAUGGCAUUCAAGUUGGUUGUCCUCUCUUGCCUUCUGGCCAUCGCUCACGGCAGCGCAGUGCCUGCAGCCAUCGCCGCCCCCGUAGCGUACGCGGCGCCGGCACCUGUCGCCGCCAGGAUCGAGCAGUUCGACCCUUUCCCCCAAUACAACUUCGGCUACAACGUAGCUGACUCCCUCACCGGUGAUUACAAGAGCCAGAACGAGCAGCGCAACGGAGACCUGGUGCAGGGCCAGUACUCCCUGGUGGACCCUGACGGCACUCGCCGCGUUGUGGACUACACCGCUGACUCUGUGAACGGUUUCAACGCUGUGGUGCGCAAGGAGCCCCUAGUGGCUGCGGCGCCCGCUGUGGUCGCUGAGCCCGCCGUCGUACCUGCUCGCUAUGCUGCUGCGCCCGUCGCCGCGGCUCCCGUCGUUGCUCAGCCCGCUGUAGCAGCCCCAGUUGUAACUGCUGCAAGAUACGCAGUCGCCCCUGCCUACGCCCGCUACGCCGCUGCACCCGUUGCCGCUCCUGCCCCUGUAUACGCUCGCUAUGCUGCUGCUCCCGUAGCCGCUCCCGUAGUAGCUGCCCGUUACGCUGCCGCUCCUGUAGCUGCCACCCCCGUGGCUGCCGCUCCUGCGCCUGCCUUCGCCCGUUACGCUGCCGCUCCCGUCGUAGCUGCCCGCUACGCCGCUCCUGUAGCGGCUUACAGUGCUGCAUACACCACUCCCUAUGCUGCGUAUUCUGCUCCUUUCGCUGCCUACAGCGCUCCCGUAGCGGCUGCCUACACUAGUCCAUACACCGUUGCUGCCUACUCUGCGCCGGUGGCUGCUGCCUACUCUGCCCCCGUAGCGGCUGCGUACCGUGCUCCCGUAGCCGCAGCGUACGCGGCGCCCGCACCCACAGCCGCCGCUCCCGCCCCGGUCACCACCGUCCGCGCCGCUCCGGCUAAAAUCGUAGAAUCCAACGAUGCCGGAUACCGUGAUGAGGCAAGCGUACCAGCAACUACUAUAAAUGCCGUUAGUGACAACCUGAGGGUACAGUUCACAGCUCCAAGCACCCCUGAACACAUCUCACCACAAACACCAGCCAUGGCAUUCAAGUUCGUAGUUCUCUCUUGCCUCCUGGCCAUCGCUCACGGCAGCGCAGUGCCUGCAGCCAUCGCCGCCCCCGUAGCGUACGCGGCGCCGGCACCUGUCGCCGCCAGGAUCGAGCAAUUCGAUCCUCUCCCCCAGUACAACUUCGGCUACAACGUAGCUGACUCCCUCACCGGUGACUACAAGAGCCAGAACGAGCAGCGCAACGGAGACCUAGUGCAGGGCCAGUACUCCCUGGUGGACCCUGACGGCACUCGCCGCGUUGUGGACUACACCGCUGACUCUGUGAACGGUUUCAACGCUGUGGUGCGCAAGGAGCCCCUAGUAGCCGCGGCGCCCGCUGUGGUUGCUGAGCCGGCGGUCGUAGCUGCUCGUUAUGCCGCUCCUGUCCCGGCUGCUCCCGUUGUAGCUGCGCGGUAUGCCGCUGCUCCAGUUGCUGCCCCAGUUGCCGCUCCAGUUUUCGCCCGCUAUGCUGCCGCUCCCGUAGCCGCCCCAGUAGUGGCUGCCCGUUAUGCUGCUGCUCCAGUAGCUGCUGCCCCCGUGGUGGCUGCCCGUUACGCUGCUGCUCCCGUAGCCGCUGCCCCCGUAGUGGCUGCGCGCUACGCCGCUGCCCCGGUCGUGGCUGCGCGCUACGCCGCCGCCCCCGUGGCCGCCGCUUAUAGAGCAGCUUACACUGCCCCUGUGGCCUACUCAGCUUACUCCACCCCUUAUGCCGCCGCCUACACUGCUCCCGUGGCGGCUUGGUGAUCAACCCAACUCCACUGAAGAUCGAACUCCUAUGACAUAUAAAGACUUGACUUGUACAUAUUAUUAGAUUUUUAGGUUUUGUUUACUUUUUACAAAAUGGAAUAAACGUUUGAGAUUAUAAA